CGGCGAUACAGUCGAAGACACAUGACGUAUAAAUAAUAAUAUAAUAUCAUUAAAUUGUAUCGUCGUAGUACAAUUAUACGCCUAUACGCCGCCUUUGCCGCCACUACCGACGUCGUUACUUCCGGCUCUAGCUGACAUGUAAUAGAUUAUGAUAGAACAAACAACAUUACACAACAUCUUAACAUGGGUAAUUGCAGUGGUUUUAUUUAUAUUCCAAUCACUCAACUAUUUUAUUGCAUGGAUAAAAAAAUACGUGAAACAUGGACAGAAAACUACUACUGUUGUGACAGCAGAUACGACAAUAUCAUCUGAAUCAGUUCUGAAUAACAAGAAUGUGCCAGAAAAUGUUAUUACUGUGCAAGGAUUGAUACAAAAACACUUUGACAUUCCUCUGAUAAUUGCAGAGGAUGAACCAAAAGUGUAUAAUUUCAUUAAAAGUGCUCAAUUAUUGACUUCUAAUGAAAUUUGCAAAGAAAAAAUGAAAAUCGAUCAAUUUAUGGAGAACUUGGUCGAUGACUCUUAUGUUGCACGUGGCCUAGGUUUGAUAACUGCAACUGUUGGACGUCAAUCAGAAUUUUACUUGUACUCAAAAUAUGAUAAUAAUUUUGAAAACGUCGUAAUUAGGCUCAAUGGACGGAACGGUGAAAUUGGUCAAAUCACAAUAUUAAGCAAAAACCUUGCCAAUAUUGUUGAACCAAAAUCAAUUCCCAUGGAUUAUAUUUAUGAUAAAGAUCGAAUCAAAGUUACUUACACACCAUUCGCAGAAGGAGUGUAUACAUUAACUCUAGUAAGAAACAGUUUAUCCAUUUGCCGCUCUCCAUACUACAUAUCGGUAGAAAAAAGCCCGACAAAUUCUAGAUCUCAAAUUCGGUUAGGCACAAAGAAAUAUAAACCAGUAACUAAAUUUACUAAAUCUAAACAUUCUCUUGAAACAUGUGACAAUAGUAUACCUGUCAUUGAACCCAGCAAACCAUCUAUUUGUAAAAAUAUUCUUCCAGAAUCUGAAAAAAACUCUAUGCGAACAGACGUUAUGUCUAUAGUAACAAAAUUUGAAUCAAAUAGUAUAAAUGUUCAAAAAAGGGUUCAUAAAAGUACAUCGGGCAUAUCCGAAAAAGGUUCGGAAAUUGAUAUGAUCAAUGAAAUUACGAAGUAUUCAAAUAUUCCACCAAAAACUAAAACCGACAACGUCCAUGAUACUUAUGUCAGUGAUUUAAAUUCACCUAGCAUUCAUUCAAAAACAAAAUCCACUGACAAAAAUUUUUGGAAUGACGUAGAUAUUACCUAUAAAAAUAGUAAAGCAAGUGAUAUAAAUACUAUAGAUUUUGAAAGUGAGCGAAUAAUGAAGCCCAUGAUAGAGCUCAAUGAACAUGUUGGAAUUACAAAAGAUAUACCUGAGGUAAAAAAUGUAUCAUCAACUCGCUUACAACCUACAAACAGUGUACUGGUGGAAAGUUUAAAAAUUGAGAAUUUACAUGACGUAGAAAAACACAAUCAAACGUUUAAAACAACUGAGCUCAUGGACGAAAACAAACUGAUUGAAAAACGUUUAGACCCUACCACUAGAAUAUAUGAAUCCGAAAUCAAAUGCAUAGACGACGAAUCAUGUAUAACAAAUGAAGUAUCGUGUUUUGAUGAUGAAGACAGAAAAACUGUAGUUGUAAUGGAUAGUAACGAGAUAGAAUCAAAUCCAAAUGAUACUGUGAUUCAACAAAUUACAGAUUCCGCCCAAUACAAUAUUAACACUCCUUUUGCAAGUGUUAUUACAAAAAUAACUAAUAGUAUUUGUGAAAAAUGUUCUAUACAAGUGUUAAAAAUAAUUUCUGAGUUUCCUAGGGAUAUAAACAUAACACAUAAAAACAAUUCAAAUGAAAUGCGUCCAAGCUUUGAAACUCUUCUUGCACAGCCAAUUAGCAUUAAUAUUAAUAUAGAUAAUAUGUUUGAACAGCCCAUUAGUGCCACAAAUGAACACGAUAGUGAACAUUUACUGACUAUUAAUCCAACAAAAAUAAAACACAUUGGUGCAAUCAAUAAAGACAUACAAUGUAAUUAUCUAAAGGAAAUUGAACCAAUAGAUAAUAAUUCUGAUGAACUAUGUGGUAAUAUCAAUAACAUGUCUAAAGAAUUAAUGAUAAAACAAAAUAAACACAAUAGUAAAAUAGAUGAAACGGUUAAAGAUGAAAUAUUCGAUCAUUGUAUCGUACCAUUCACCAAACGUACUAUAGAUAAACAUAACACAAAAAACGACGAAUUGUCUACAAAUGAAAUAAUGAAAAUAAAAUAUUCAACAACUAAUGAAGAUAACGUAUUACACUCCAAUCAAUUUAAUAAUAACACCAUUCAUAAAUCGGAUAAUAAAAUGGAAAUACAAAGACAACAUUUACAAAAAUCUUCAGAACAUAGUAUAGGCUUAAUUCAAACAAACCAGUUUCAUGAAAAUAUCAACAAAGAAUUGAAUCAUAUAAGUAAAGAAAGUGAUAAACCUUUAGGCACAAGUGAUUUAGUAACAAUUAAUAAUGAUAAAAACACAAAUUGUGAACUAGUAACAGACGAAUUAAAAAUCAAUAACGUUAUCAUCCCGGAUGAAAAUACAAAUAUUCAAAGUUCUGUAAUAAAUAACAUAGUAUUAGCAUCAAAGGAAGUUACAUUAGUGACUACAGAAUAUAAAUCAGAAGAUAAUGAAGAUAAUGAAGAACAGACAAAUAAUAUAUCCUAUAAAAAUGUUACAUUAACUUCAAUCCAAAAUGAAAACCAAAAAUUAAUGAUUGAAAAGUCAAUUGAACCUGUUUUAACCAGUUUCAAAAAUAAAAUGGUUGAAAAAAUUACACAAUUAUAUUUAAAUAGAGAUUCAUCAAAUACAGAUAAUACUUCAACUUUUGAAACCCAUGAUAAGCAUUUUAUAAAUAAUUUACAUGAAAUUCAAAUUAAUAACAACGCUAAUAGUACAGAAAUAAAUACUAAAUGUAUUGAAACACUCACGUCACAGUUAAAAAAUCAUAUUGACAAAAAUAAAAUAUCAGAAAUAAUAUUAGACCAACAAAAAACAGAUCGUAACCAUCUACUUAAAUAUGUUGAAAAUAUAAUAAAAACAAAAAUAAAUCCAAGUGGUUUGUAUGCACAUACAUUAGGUGAAAUAAAACUUCAAACACUUAUAAAUACAGCCAUGAAUCACCCAAAUAACCAACAAAUAAACAAUGAGUUUAAAAAUAUGACAAUAGACAACGAUACCCAAGAUGACAAGCUAAGGAAAAUUAAUAAUGAUGAAAUAGUACAAGAUAUAGAAGGUAUGUUGGUUGAAACACCAAGUAUUACAAUAAUUAAAAAUACAGAUGAACUAAUAUUACCUAAGAACCAAGUAACAAUUACAACUGAAUGUGAAAUUCCAUUAAUAAAUGACUUUGAUACCAUACAGAUAGAAAAUACAAACACAGAUAGCAAACAAGAAAUGCAAACAAUCAAUGUAAAUGAAAAUGAUACAAUUGUAGAAACUAACGCCAUGGAAAUAAAAGCGUUGCAAAACUUUCAAAAAUCACACGACACAAAAAUUUUAACUCCUAUCAUAGAACUUCGACCAACAUUAGAAACACGAAUAAUGAAUACUUCAGAGCUUGUAACAGUAGAAAAAAAUAGUUCAAAAGAAAUUCAAACUACAAUAGAGAUCAUUGACUUAAUUAAUAUACCUGAAGAAACUGAUGCAGUAGAAAAUAUAGACGAUAAGAAUGAAUACGAAUCAGUAAAAUUACAGUUUAAGGAAAAUGUAAUAAAAAUACCACAUUUGGUCGAAAAAGAAACUUUAAAUGAAGUUGUAGAAAAUACAAGUACGAAUACAUCUACAAAAUCAAAUUCAACAGAAAGAGUAUCAAUGCAAGGUGAAAUCGAAUCGCCGGGGUUAACAAAAGUAUGUAGUGCUAAUGAUUUAACUAUAGAAAGAGAUAUUAUAUAUAAAUUACAACCACCGGCUGAGAAUAUUGAUAAACCAAAUUCACAAAGCAUACCAACACUUGAUGCACAAGUUUCAAUAAAUGCGGCAAAAGUAACAAUAGGAAUAAAUACAUCAGACCCACAGUUCUCAAAUACAGCUAUAACAGUAUUAAUCCCAUCAAAAAUACCAUUAAUUGAAGAUAACUCAUUUCUUCCAAAACUAAGGAUAGUAAGUACCUUAAAUAUGUUAGAUGCAAUAAAAAUAUCAACGAUACCUAAAUAUUCAGCAACAUGUGAUACAAAAAUAACAAAAAUGGAAUUACAAAAUACAUCAGAACCAACCUUAUCUCCAAACAAGUUAUUUAUGAAAAAUAGAAAAUUAGAGAAAAUAGAAAAUAUAGAUGAAACUCGUAUACCAACUGAUACUGAAAUUGAAACAUUAGAAUAUCUAAAUAAAUCUGGAAAAAUAAAAUCAAUUCCACCAAUUUCUAAUGAUACAUUAACAGAAACUACAGUGGAAUCGAAAACAGAAAAAAAUACCUUACAUAAAACAUUAAAUCCAAAAUAUAAGGUGACAACUCUAGAACCAACAGUAAAUGACAUAAAUUGUAAUAAUAACAAAAAUGAGACAACAAUACCAAUUAGUUCUUCGACUGGAGAAAUAGUGGAAAAACCUAUAAAAAAACAUACAGCAAUUGAAUUUACACUACCAAUUUAUCCUCAGAGUGAACCUAAUAAAAAGGUUUAUGAGAUGCAAAUUUGUACUGAAGUAGAGACUCCUACCGUUAUUGACAACUCUACGGCAUCUUUAGUCCGCAAAAUUGUGAUAGAAUUUGUAACCAAUAAGAAUAAAACACCUAUUGAAGCAAUAGAAAUUAUCGUACAUGAACCAAUAGAAGAAGACAUUGAAUUUGUAAGAGAAACCACCCCAACAAUGAAUUCUUUGGUAGCAGUUAUGGACGAACAAGUAAAUAUAAAAAAAGACGGAUCAGAUACAUACUACGUUAAGUCAGAUGAUAAUGUAACAAAUAAAGGAACAAAAACUCGAAAAUCAAUUGGUCAAAAUAAUGCAGAAAAAAUUAUUGAAAAAGAAUCUCCGGUACCAAUUAAUACUUUAACGGGAGUAGUCAUGGAAAACCCUAAAAUAAACAUUAUAACUGUAACUGCAAUAACAUCAUGUACUGAUUCUUCCACUGAAACCAUAGACGUUAAAACAGAUGUGGAAAAAGUUAUUGAAGAAGAAUCUCCGUCACCAAUGAAUUUUUCAAGUGAACUAGUGCAGGAAAAUAUGAAUAUGAACAUUAAUACAGAAAACGAAACUUUAUUACCUACCGAAUCAACCAUGGAAUCUACAGUGGAACCAAAAAUUGAAGAGCUAACUGAACCUGAAAUCACAUCAUGUACUGAAUCUGGAACUGUAAUUACUGACAUUCAAUUUCAUGCAGAAAAAAUUAUCGACGAAGUACUGAUUGAUUCUUUAGGUGAAGUAAUGGGGGAAAAUACGAAUAUGAACAUUGUCUCAGAAAGCGAAAAACUCUUACCAAUUGUAUCAACCGAGGAAUCAAUAUCGGAACCAACAGUAGAAGAAGAUAUAUCUGUAACCGUAAUAACAUCAUGUACUGAUUCUUCCACUGAAACCAUAGACGUUAAAACAGAUGUGGAAAAAGUUAUUGAAGAAGAAUCUCCGUCACCAAUGAAUUCUUCAAGUGAACUAGUGCAGGAAAAUAUAAAUAUGAACAUUAAUACAGAAAACGAAACUUUAUUACCUAUCGAAUCAACCAUGGAAUCUAUAGUGGAACCAAAAAUUGAAGAGCUAACUGAACCUGAAAUCACAUUAUGUACUGAUUCUUCCACUGAAACUAUAGACGUUAAAACAGAUGUAGAAAAAGUUAUUGAAGAAGAACCUCCGUCACCAAUGAAUUCUUCAAGUGAACUAGUGCAGGAAAAUAUGAAUAUGAACAUUAAUACAGAAAACGAAACUUUAUUACCUAUCGAAUCAACCAUGGAAUCUACAGUGGAACCAAAAAUUGAAGAGCUAACUGAACCCGAAAUUACAUCAUGUACUGAAUCUGCAACUGAUAUUACUGUCAUUCAAUUUCAUCCAGACAAAAUUUUCGACGAAGUACUAAUUGAUUCUUUGGGUGAAGUAAUGGGGGAAAAUAAGAAAAUGAAUAUUGUCUCAGAAAGCGAAAAACUCUUACCAAUUGUAUCAACCGAGGAAUCAAUAUCGGAACCAACAGUAGAAGAAGAUAUAUCUGUAACCGUAAUAAAAUCAUGUACUGAUUCUUCCACUGAAACUAUAGACGUUAAAACAGAUGUGGAAAAAGUUAAUGAAGAAGAAUCUCCGUCACCAAUGAAUUCUUCAAGUGAACUAGUGCAGGAAAAUAUGAAUAUGAACAUUAAUACAGAAAACGAAACUUUAUUACCUAUCGAAUCAACCAUGGAAUCUACAGUGGAACCAAAAAUUGAAGAGAUAAUUAAACCUGAAAUCACAUCAUGUACUGAAUCUGGAACUGUAAUUACUGACAUUCAAUUUCAUGCAGACAAAAUUUUCGACGAAGUACUAAUUGAUUCUUUAGGUGAAGUAAUGGGGGAAAAUACGAAUAUGAACAUUGUCUCAGAAAGCGAAAAACUCUUACCAAUUGUAUCAACCGAGGAAUCAAUAUCGGAACCAACAGUAGAAGAAGAUAUAUCUGUAACCGUAAUAACAUCAUGUACUGAUUCUUCCACUGAAACCAUAGACGUUAAAACAGAUGUGGAAAAAGUUAUUGAAGAAGAAUCUCCGUCACCAAUGAAUUCUUCAAGUGAACUAGUGCAGGAAAAUAUAAAUAUGAACAUUAAUACAGAAAACGAAACUUUAUUACCUAUCGAAUCAACCAUGGAAUCUAUAGUGGAACCAAAAAUUGAAGAGCUAACUGAACCUGAAAUCACAUCAUGUACUGAUUCUUCCACUGAAACCAUAGACGUUAAAACAGAUGUAGAAAAAGUUAUUGAAGAAGAAUCUCCGGUACCAAUGAAUUUUUCAAGUGAACUAGUGCAGGAAAAUAUGAAUAUGAACAUUAAUACAGAAAACGAAACUUUAUUACCUACCGAAUCAACCAUGGAAUCUACAGUGGAACCAAAAAUUGAAGAGCUAACUGAACCUGAAAUCACAUCAUGUACUGAAUCUGGAACUGUAAUUACUGACAUUCAAUUUCAUGCAGAAAAAAUUAUCGACGAAGUACUGAUUGAUUCUUUAGGUGAAGUAAUGGGGGAAAAUACGAAUAUGAACAUUGUCUCAGAAAGCGAAAAACUCUUACCAAUUGUAUCAACCGAGGAAUCAAUAUCGGAACCAACAGUAGAAGAAGAUAUAUCUGUAACCGUAAUAACAUCAUGUACUGAUUCUUCCACUGAAACCAUAGACGUUAAAACAGAUGUAGAAAAAGUUAUUGAAGAAGAAUCUCCGUCACCAAUGAAUUCUUCAAGUGAACUAGUGCAGGAAAAUAUGAAUAUGAACAUUAAUACAGAAAACGAAACUUUAUUACCUAUCGAAUCAACCAUGGAAUCUAUAGUGGAACCAAAAAUUAAAGAGCUAACUGAACCUGAAAUCACAUCAUGUACUGAUUCUUCCACUGAAACUAUAGACGUUAAAACAGAUGUAGAAAAAGUUAUUGAAGAAGAAUCUCCGUCACCAAUGAAUUCUUCAAGUGAACUAGUGCAGGAAAAUAUGAAUAUGAACAUUAAUACAGAAAACGAAACUUUAUUACCUAUCGAAUCAACCAUGGAAUCUACAGUGGAACCAAAAAUUGAAGAGAUAACUAAACCUGAGAUCACAUCAUGUACUGAAUCUGGAACUGUAAUUACUGACAUUCAAUUUCAUGCAGACAAAAUUUUCGACGAAGUACUAAUUGAUUCUUUGGGUGAAGUAAUGGGGGAAAAUACGAAUAUGAAUAUUGUCUCAGAAAGCGAAAAACUCUUACCAAUUGUAUCAACCGAGGAAUCAAUAUCGGAACCAACAGUAGAAGAAGAUAUAUCUGUAACCGUAAUAACAUCAUGUACUGAUUCUUCCACUGAAACUAUAGACGUUAAAACAGAUGUAGAAAAAGUUAUUGAAGAAGAAUCUCCGUCACCAAUGAAUUCUUCAAGUGAACUAGUGCAGGAAAAUAUGAAUAUGAACAUUAAUACAGAAAACGAAACUUUAUUACCUAUCGAAUCAACCAUGGAAUCUACAGUGGAACCAAAAAUUGAAGAGAUAACUAAACCUGAAAUCACAUCAUGUACUGAAUCUGGAACUGUAAUUACUGACAUUCAAUUUCAUGCAGACAAAAUUUUCGACGAAGUACUAAUUGAUUCUUUAGGUGAAGUAAUGGGGGAAAAUACGAAUAUGAACAUUGUCUCAGAAAGCGAAAAACUCUUACCAAUUGUAUCAACCGAGGAAUCAAUAUCGGAACCAACAGUAGAAGAAGAUAUAUCUGUAACCGUAAUAACAUCAUGUACUGAUUCUUCCACUGAAACCAUAGACGUUAAAACAGAUGUGGAAAAAGUUAUUGAAGAAGAAUCUCCGUCACCAAUGAAUUCUUCAAGUGAACUAGUGCAGGAAAAUAUAAAUAUGAACAUUAAUACAGAAAACGAAACUUUAUUACCUAUCGAAUCAACCAUGGAAUCUAUAGUGGAACCAAAAAUUGAAGAGCUAACUGAACCUGAAAUCACAUCAUGUACUGAUUCUUCCACUGAAACUAUAGACGUUAAAACAGAUGUAGAAAAAGUUAUUGAAGAAGAAUCUCCGUCACCAAUGAAUUCUUCAAGCGAACUAGUGCAGGAAAAUAUGAAUAUGAACAUUAAUACAGAAAACGAAACAUUAUUACCUAUUGUAUCAACCAUGGAAUCUACAGUGGAACCAAAAAUUGAAGAGCUAACUGAACCUGAAAUCACAUCAUGUACUGAAUCUUCAAUAAAAAUAAUACAAUAUCAAGAUCAUGCAGAAAAAAUGUUCGACCAAGAAGCACCUCCGGAUGGAAAAUCAAAAGUGAUCGUUGAUACAGAAACUGAAACACAUUUGUCAAUUGUAUUAAUAGAAUCAAUAGAGAAACCAAAUUUUGUUGAACCUAUAAUAGCAACUAAAAUACCAUAUUGUACUGAAUCAUCAACUGAAAUUACUGACACACAUAUGGAUCAAGAUAAUGUUAUUGUAGAACCACUUCCAACACCAAUUAAUUUUUUAAGUGAAAUUGAAGGGGUAAAAACUAAAGUUCACAUUAAUACAGAAAGCGAAGCAUUAUUACCGAUGACUAAUUAUGUGGAAGAAAAAGAAGUAAUAGAAGAAACUUCUGAAAUUGUCUUACCAAUUGAAUUAGCAAUGGAAUUUAUACAAGAACCAAAAUUAAAAAAAGAUAUAAAAAUCAGAUCAUGUACUGAUUAUUCCACUGUUACCAUUCAAAAGGAUAAAAAAAACGUUAUUUUUGAAGAAUCUUCGACGCCGAUCAAUUCGUUAGGUGAAGUAGUGGAGAAAAAUAUGAAUGAUAAAGUUGAUAAAGAAAACGAAAUUGUAUUACCAAUUGAUUCAAUAACUGGGUCUAUGGAAGAAAAGAAAGAAAAAGAUGGACAUAUAGACCCUUUAUUAACUAUGAAAUCAACUGUGGAAUCUAUAAAGGAACCAAAAGAAGUUGAAGACAUAACUGCAAAAGAAAUAACAUCAUGUACUAAUUCUUCAUCUGUAAUUUUAGAAAUUCAAAUGGAUGAAGAAAAAGUGAUCGAAGCACCUCCCGUACUAAUUAAUUCUUCAAGUAAAAUAAUUGGAGAAACAACGAAAGUGAAUAUGGAUACAGAAUAUGAAACUAUUUUACUAAUUGAAUCAACAAUUGAAUCUAUAGCAGAGCCAGAAAUAAAUGAACAAAUAACUCAAACAAAAAUAUUAUCAUGUACUCCUCCUUCCAAUGCAACUGUAAACGUUCAAACCGAUGUAGAUAAAUUAUUUAUUGAAGAAGUAUCUAUGGCACCACUUAAUUGCUCAGAUGAGGAAGUUGGUAAAAAAUCGAAUGUAAAUAAUCAUACAGAAAAUGAAACUCUUUUACCUAUUGAAUUCACCAUGGAAACUAUUGCAAUACCAAAAACAGUAGAGGAUAUAAAAGAAACCGAAAUUUCCUCAUGUACUGAUUCCUGCAUUUUAACUGUAGACGCUCAAACAGAUAAAGAAAAAGGGCUUGAUGAAGUUACCCCGGAACCAAUAAAUUCUUCAGGAGAGGUAGUGGCGGAAAAAACUAGUAUUGAUAUUGACACCAGAAAAGAAACAAUAUUACCAAUUAACACAUCUACUUCUUCAGUUGAAGAUAGGAAUGCAAUAGAAGGAACUACUGAAAUUAUAUUACUGAUUAAAUCAACUAUAGAAUUUGAAGAGGAAUCAAUAGUAGUAGAAGAUAUAAAUGUAACCGAAAUAACAGAUUUAGAAAAAGUGAUCGAAGAAGUGCCCACAGUCCUAAUGAAUUCUUCAUGUAAGAUAAUUGGAGAAAAAACGAAAGUUAAUAUAGAUACAGAAUAUGAAACCAUUUUACCAAUAGGGACAUCCAUAGAAUCUGUAGAGGAACCUAAUGCAGUUAAAGAUAUAACUGAAACUGAAAUCACAUCAUGCACAGAAUCUUCAACUGAAAAUAUGAUGGAUUUUCAAUCAAAUAAAGAAAAAUAUAUUGCAGAAAAAUCUCCAGUACCAAUUAAUUCUUCAGGCAAGGUAGUGGUGGGGAAAACUAAUAUGAAUAUUGAUAACGGAAAUGAAACAAUAUUACCAAUUAAAACAUAUACUUCUUCAGUGGAAGAUAGGAAAGCAAUAGAAGGAACUACUGGAAUUGUAUUACCAAUUGAAUUUACUAUGGAAUUCAAAAAGGAACCAAAAGUAGUAGAAGAUAUACCUGUUACCGAAAAAACACCAUGUACUGAUUCCUACAUUUUAACUGUAGACGCUCAAACAGAUGUAGAGAAAGAGUUUGAUGAAGUAACUCCAGUAUUAUUUAAUUCUUCAGCUAAGAUAAUUGGAGAAAAAACGAAAGUGACUAUAGAUACAGAAUAUGAAACUAUUUUACCAGUUAAAGCAUCCUAUGAGUCUAUAGAGGAACCUAAAUUCAAGGAACCUGAAAUCAAAUCACGUACUGUACCUUCAACUGAAAAUAUGAUGGAUGUUCAAACAAAUAACGAAAAGUAUUUGGCAGAAAAAUGUCCAGAACCAAUUUAUUCUUCAGUUGAAGAAGUGGGUGGAAAAUCAAAAGCAAAUAUUGAUACGGAAGAUGAAACACUUUUACCAGUUGUAUCAACAAAAGAAUCUAUAGAGAAAACAAAAAUUGAACCAACUGCAGUUACUGAAACUGAAAUCCUAUCAUGUACGGAAUCUUCAACCAUAAUAAUUAACUAUCAAAAUCAUACAGAAAAAAUUGUUGACGUCGUACCAAUAAAUUAUUUAAGUGAAGUUAUGGGAGAAAAUAUAAAUGUGAACGUUAUAACUGAAAAUGAAACACACUUACCAAUUGGAUCAACGAUGGAAGCUGUAGAGGUACCUAAUGUAGUUGAAGAUAUAACUGAAAUUGAAAAAAGAUCAUCUACUGAAUCAUCAUCUAUAAUAUUAGACACUAAAAUAUAUGUAGAAAAAGUGAUUGAAGAAAUUCCCUCAGUACUAAUUGAUCCUUCAGAUAAGGUAGUUGGAGAAAACCCAAAAGUGAAUAUGGAUACAGAAUAUGAAACCAUUUUACCAAUUGAAUUAACCAUUGAAUUUAUACCAGAAUCAGAAAUAUAUGAAGAUAUAACUGAAACAGAAAUAUUAACGUGUACUGAUACCUCUACUGGCAAUGUAGUUGCUCAAACAGAUGUAGAAAAAGUUAUUGGAGAAGUAUCUCUUACACUUAUUAAUUCCUCGGAUAAAUUAAUAGGGAGAAACAUAAAUGUAAACAUUGAUAAUGAAGGUGAAACAUUACGACCAAUUGAUACAUCUACUGGAUAUGUAAAAGAUAAGAAAGACAUAUAUAAACUUAUCGAAACUUUAUUACCUAUCGAAUCAACCGUAGAACCUAUAGAUAAACCAAAAGUUGAAGACAUAACUGAACCUGAAAUAAAAUCAUGUACUGAAUCUUCAACUGAAAUUUUUGAUAAUCAAAACCAUGCAGAUAAAAUUGUUGACCAAAAACAUCCGGUAUUCGUUAAUUCUUCAGAUAAAGUAGUGGGUGAAAAUACAAAUGUAAACAUUGAUAUGGAAACAGAAACACUUUUACCAAUUGGAUCUACUUUGAAAUCUAUAGAGGUAUCAAAAGAAGUAGAAGAUAUAAAAGAAACAGAAACAAUACUAUCUACUAAUUCUUUCAUUGUAACCGUAGACAUUCAUACAGAUGUAGAAAAAAAUAUUGACAAAGAAUCUCCGUCACUAAUUAAUUCUUUUGGGGAACUAGUGCAGGAAAAUAUGAAUAUGAACAUUAAUACAGAAAAUGAAACCCUUUUACCAAUUGAAUUGACCAUUGAACCUAUAGAAGAAUCAAAUGUAGUAGACGAUAGAACUGAAAUUGAAAUCACAUCAUAUACUGAACCAUUAACCAAAUUAAUUAACCCUCAAUUCCAUGCAGAAAAAAUUGUUGCCAAAGUAAAAAAUAAUUCUUUAGUGCAGGGAAAUACAAAUGUGAGCAUUAAUACAAAAAAUGUAACACUUUUACAAAUUGAUACAACCACUAGUUCUGGGGAAGAAAUGAAAGAAAUCGAUGAACUUAUCGAAACUUUAAUACCGAUUAAAUCAAAUAUGGAAUCUAUAAAGGUAGCAAAGAAAGUAGAAGAUAUAAACGAAAGAGAAAAAAUAUCAUUCACUGAUUCUUCCAUUUUAACCAAAGAUAUUCAAACAGAUAUAGAUAUAGUAAUUGAAAAAAAAUCUCCGACACAGAUUAAUUUUCUAGUUAAUAAACUGGGGGAAAAUACAAAAGUGAAUAAUGAUACAGAAAAUAAAACAAUUUUACCAAAUGAAUCAACUAAGGAAUUAACGGUGGAACCAAAAGUAGAAAUAGAUAUAACUGAAACCGUAAUAACAUCAUGUACUGAUUCUUCCACUGUAACACUAGACGUUCAAACAAAUGUAGAAAAAGUUAUUGAAGAACAUCCGGCACCAAUUCAUUCUUCGGGUGAAGUAGUGGGGGAAUCUACAAAGUUGUAUAUUGAUACAGUAAAUGAAACACUUUUACAAAUUGAUACAUCUAUAACUGCUGUAAAAGCAGUUUUAGAAAAAAAAAUUAUAGAAAACGAAUAUUCAACACCAACUUUUUCUCCAUUUUUAGAUGUGGAAAAACAAAUUAAUGUAAUUAUUGAUUCCAAAACAGAAACUAUAUUCCCAAUUGGAACCAACACAACAUUUGUAGACGAACCAAAUGUGGUAAGGCAUGUAUCUGAAAAUGAACAUGCAGCACUUAUAGAUUCUUCAAUUACAAUCAUAAAACAGCAAAUAAAAGUUGAUACUGAAACAGAAAUUGAAACAUUAUUACUAAUUGACAAUUUAACUGAAUCUAUUAAGGAACAAAUAGUUGAAAAAAUUACUGAAAAUAAAACCCCAACACUAAUUGAUUCAUUAGCAGAAAUGGUAGGGGAAGGAAGCAAAGCGAACAUUGAUACAGAUAAUCAAACACUAUUAACAAUAAAUACAUCUUCUACAAAUGUAGAUGAUCAGAUAGUAAAUAAUGGUAUUAAAAAUGAAACUCAAAUUUAUUGUGUAGUGAAUGUUGCAGAAGAACAAAUGAAAGUGAACACCGAAACAAAUAAUAAAACUAUUACACCAAUUGAUAUUUUUACCACAUCUAUAGAAGAACAGUUAAAUGUGGAAUAUUUAUGUGAAAAUGAAAACACAAUACAUAUCGAUUCUGUACCUACAUUGAUUAAGAAUCAAGGUAAAGUAGAUAUUAAAACAAAAAAUGAAACUUUAUUAUCAAUUGAAAAUACUUCUUUCGAGGAAAAGAUGGAUAAUGUAGAUAAAAUAAUACAAAAUAAUUUGUUGGUUGAUUUUUCAGUUGCAACUGAAUUAAAGGGAUAUGAAAUAUUAACUGAUACAGAAACUUUAACAUCAAUUGACGCUUUAAAUACAACAGUGGACAGACAAACAGUGAAAGAAAAUUUUAAAGAAAUCGAAAGUAGAAUACCAAUUGCUACAUCAACAGCAUUCGAAGAAGAACAAAAAUCAGUAGAACAUAUAACUGUAAAGGAAAAUGUACUUUCAAUUGGCACAUCCACUGCGUCUGUAGAGGAAGAGAUACAAGUAGAAGAAGUUAUUGAAAAUGAAUCUGCUUCAUUAAUUAGUCAUUCAACUAUACACGAUGUAGCAUCUUUAGGAGAACCAAAAGUAAUCAAAAAUGAUACUACAGCAAUGAGGUCUUCUGUUACAGUCGUGGAAGAACAAACGGAAGUAGCAGCAGCUGAGGUAGUAAUUGACACUUGCAAAGAAUCAUUAGACAAAACCAUGAUCGACAAAGAUACACGUCAUAAUGAAACUCCGACACCCAUUGAUAUUUUAGUUACAGCCACUGAAAAACAAACAGACCUAGAAAAAUUGGUGGAAAACAAAAUUCCAAUACUAGUAAAUACUUCUACUAAAUCUGUAGAAAAACAGAUUAAAACAGAAAAAGGCACUGAAAACGAAACAAUCACACUAAUUGCUUGUGAAGCUCUGCCUAAAAUAGAACCGAAUGAGUUUGAAACAAAAAAUGAAAAUGAAGCUUCAUCAGUUAAUAAUUCAGCCUCGAUCAGAAUAAAACAAACUGAGGCAGAAAAUGUAACUGAAACAACAUUACGAAAUGAUGACAUUAUUUAUAGAAAUACUAAAACAAAUUUGAUUAGUACAGAAAAUAAAACAGAAAAUUCAGAUAAUCCUAAUAAUUGUUAUUUAAAAUUUGGAGAAUCGUCUAAAAUGCAUCGUUUGGAGAAUGAAGAUAAUUUACAGAGAAAAUCGUACGGCAUUCAAAAGUUGGAAAUGUCCGUUAAACGUAUGAAAACUUCUGAUGAGGAUUAUUAUGAAAAAACUUUUGUACAGUUGGAACAAACUGAAAAAAUUUCUAAAGUGGAUAAAGUUAAUGUUGAUGAUGAAAAUAAAACUAUUAUUGACGACAAAUUAUAUACAGUCAACGAAUCUGACUUAAACGCAAUAUUGUGUGCAUCUUCUCUUGAAGAAGCACUUACUUUGUUGGACUCAAAGAUAAAGUUCAAAUUUAAACAUAAGAAGUCAUCUAGUAAAAUUAACUCUGUGGAAUAUAUUCCGAAAAUUCAAACAUCUGAUAGUAAUAGUAGUGGUGUAAACACAAACUUUACAGACGCACGAAAAUUCUUUAAGGAAAUUGAAAAGAAAUCUAAAAAAUAAAAACAUACUGAAGUAAAAGUUAUAUUUUAUUAUUUUAUACUAAUUCAAUAAUCAGUAAAAUUAUUAUUUUAUGAUCUGGACUAAGAAGAAAUUGCCAAAAAUAUCUAAAAUUAUAGUGAUUUUAUUUUUUUUAAAAACUACUCACUAUUUUUUGGUUUUAAUAUUAAACACACUUAUGGUGGAUGAGAAAUGUUUUAGUUCUAUCAAAAUUUUAUUCAAACUUAUGGUAUUUGCCGUUAAUAUAACAUUCUUCAAUAAUGGCCAACAAAUUAAAGGCAUCAACAAGAAUUGUGAGCUAUCAAAUUGUUCAACAAAUAUGUAGUAUUUAGACUUACAAAUGGAAUAUGAUGUACAUGAUAUACAAUCUCGGAACAAUUUUGGUUUGUAAUUAACACAAUAAAAUUGAUUUUUAAUAAGAAAGAAAAAUGUAUAAAUAAAUAU